AUGCAAAAGUCAUCCAAAGCGAGCUCUGAGGGAAGCAGCACAGCUCGCCCGUCCUCCGAAAGCGAUGAAAAGUUCGGCCUGCUGAACGAUGCGCCGGUCAACAGUGUGCCUCGUUCAUCUCACCUGCGCUGGGCCGUGGCGCUGCUUGCCGUGUCCAACAUUGUGUGCUUUGGCGUCCUGCUCUAUGCGCUGAGGCCUGUGCCGCCACCCACGACGGUGGUUUAUCCGCCGCAGCCAGAUUGGUUUCCUCCUCAGAUUCCCGUGAAGAAGGUCAUGCAUAGCGAGCCGCUCUUUGGGCAGGAACCUAACGAUGAAAGUAUCGCUGCGUGGAACUCCCUUUUGCCAAAGGGCCGAGGCUGGGUGUUCAUGCGCAACAAGACCGCCCUCCCGGAUAUGCCGGGGCUAAACCAGUCGCUGCCUGAGCACAUUGCGCUGCCGUCCGUGUAUCAUCAACUGCACUGCCUAUACAGCACAAUGCGAAGCUAUUACGACCUCCUUGAUAUUGUGAACAACAAUCACACAAAGCGGGAGCUUCCCACAGACCCUGGAUGGAACAAGGAGCACCUCAACCAUUGUUGGGAUUACUUGCGGCAGAACAUCAUGUGCGCAGCCGACGUAACGCUCGAAUGGCAUCGGUGGAAUGAAAAAGUUGAAGACGGCUGGGGUUACGAACAUCAGUGCAAGGACUGGGAUGCGCUGACGCAGUGGGUACUGGAGAGACGGACCUCGAAUAACUGGGGCUUGUUGAGAGGUGAGGGGGAAAGGAUUCCGUUGAAAGAUGGUGAGCAGUAG